GUGCGUGUGCGUGGUCUCCACGCACCGCCUGGCAGUGACCGACGAGGGAGGCGCCACGUGCAGAGGGUGGGGGGAGGGGUGGGGGGUCUCUGAGCAGCUGCACGCGCCGUCUGCGGCCGCCCUCCGCACCCUGUCGUCCUCAAAUAGACCGGCGCGCGCUCAAAUAGCGUCAGUCAGAGGGGAACGGCGAGAGAAGCAGCAGCGGGAGGCGAGAGAGGAACCGGGAGCACUCAGACACACAUACCCUCAGAAGGACAGACUAGCAGCGCACCUUCUGAACUCUCCCUCGUAGCACACCAUGAAUCUGUUCUUCACUGCCGCCGCGCUGUGCCUCCUCUACACAGCAGUUUCAGGCUCCGUGUACGGUCGCAGCAACGACUGUCCAUCUGAGGAGGUGGUCACGGGCUGCUUCAUCCGCGACGGAGAGUGCGUCUGCGACUCGGGCUGCCCGCCGACCAUUUUCCCCUACAGGGAUGAGGACGCGUGUCGACGAGCCGUCGAAGUUCGCAGCGCCGACAUGUGUCGGGCGAGGCCGUGCAAGAACAACGGCUACUGCACGCAGAAGCGGGACGGCUACAAGUGCUUCUGUCACGGCACAGGACACUACGGCGAGCAUUGCGAACUCCCGUGCCUGCGGCCGGCGCGGCAGCGUCUGGUGCGCGACCCUGACUUCCCGUCCGAGUGCAUCCUGAUGGGUUGAGGAGAGUCCCCAACACAGAACAAUCGACGUGUGUCGUCGGAGAGCGGCUCGCUAAACUGCCCCGAGCGGUGUCAGUGAUAAAACACUAAGUGUUGAACGGCUCAGAAAGCUGGCGCUAUAGAGUGCUAUUCGCAUCGAGUGCCAAAUGCUGAGGCCAGUUACGUGCUCAGGGGUUCGUGUAAAUACCUUGUCGAUCUGUCGGUCUGAGGACGGUAUUAGUGUCAAACAGACAGCAGUCCUCGCGCUCACGCCAGCGUCAUAAUGAAGGACUUUGGGACCACUGUGUAGGAGCUAAGUGACAAGUUUCUGAGUCGAUGGUGUGCGCACAAAGAAGCAAUAGCAAACCAGUGAAAAGAAACAACCAGCAAAUAAGCAGCAGACUCAGAGAAGUGAUAACCAUCCAGUCAUGCUCUAAGUCAACAUUACGUCAGUCUUUUUCUUAGGAUAGUGUGUACAACAGGAAUCCGCCGCGGUAUAGUGCUCUUGUUCCUAUAAACAACGUGCUUUUUGUUACAAUUCGAGAAUUAAUGCCUAUCUGAGUCGGAGUACCGUACAAAAACCUGUAUGACUGAUUACUGGUUUGUGUGUGUCCUUCAGUGUUUGGGUUUAUUUAAAUAUAUGACUUACGUGAACGAA